UUCGGUAAAGAAUAGAGGACGGGAGAUCAAAGCAAACAUCGCAGUUUUAUGCGACCUCAUUGCCUCCGACUCUAAUACCAUCCCAGGGGGAGAGAGAGGAAGUCGUGGGGGUCAAUGGCGGAGAGCCCUUCGACUUCGUCGUGGCCUUCUUCGGAGAGAGCGGGGAAAAUAUUGCAGUUCGCUCCGUUUCAGAGCUUGGUGGAGGAUGGUUUCUGGCGGAGGCUCUCUUCUCUCAAGCUUGAUACCUUGGGGAUCGAUCAAUCCCCCAUCCCUAUCAUCGGUUUUUAUGCACCUUGUUCCCAUGCCCAAGUUUCGAACCAUAUGACGUUGCUUGCCGAAUCAUUGCCACAUGAUCCUACUAUGUGGUCAUCGCCAUCUGAGAUGACUCGUGGCAACCGGAAUAGAUGUCCUGUUCCUGGGAUUCUUUACAACACCAAUACAUUAGAGAGCUUCCAUGCCCUUGAUAGAGAGUCUCUGCUAAAGAUGGAAGCAAAAAAGAUAUUAGAGGACAUUUGCUCCGGAAAAGUAGAAGAGGAUAGUGCAUUGCUUUCAAGGUUCCUUGUCAUCUCAUUUGCUGAUCUUAAAAAGUGGAGCUUCCGUUACUGGUUUGCGUUUCCUGCAUUGGUACUUGAUCCUCCAGCAACCUUACUCAAUCUGCAACCUGCUUUAGAGGCACUUAAUCUAGAAGAGGUUGAAUCUUUAUCAGCGGCAUGCAAUGAAUGGCGCAAUUCAAGCUCGACAGCAGAUGUCCCCUUCUUUUUGGUUAGUUUUACUUCAAGUUCACAUGCCACUGUUAGGCCAUUAAAGGACUGGGAAGCAUGCCAAGUUGAUGGUCAGAAGUUGCUAUUUGGCUUCUAUGAUCCAUGUCAUCUUCCAAAUAAUCCUGGAUGGCCUCUGCGCAACUUCCUUGCAUUUAUCAGUUCAAGAUGGAACAUAGAAAAGGUCCACUUUUUGUGCUAUCGAGAGAAACAUGGUUUGGCUGACUUGGGGUUAUCCCUUGUUGGUGAAGCUUUGGUUUCACCACCACAAGCCUGGAGAGAUCCACAAUGCAUUCCUAAAGCUGUAGGAUGGGAACUGAAGAGAGGGAAGUUAGCAUCCAGGACUAUCAACCUUGCAGAUUCCAUGGAUCCAGAGAGAUUGGCUGUGUCUGCUGCAGACUUGAAUUUAAAGCUCAUGAGGUGGCGUACAUUGCCAUCUCUAAAUUUAAAUGUCUUGUCUAUUGUUCGAUGUCUUCUUUUAGGUGCUGGUACACUUGGAUGCCAGGUUGCUCGUAUGCUUAUGGCUUGGGGCGUUAGGAAGAUAACACUGCUUGACAGUGGCCGGGUAGCUAUGUCUAAUCCCGUAAGACAGUCUUUGUAUACAUUUGAGGAUUGCCUCAAUGGUGGCAACUUGAAAGCUGUUGCAGCAGCUAGAAGUCUAAAGUGUAUAUUUCCAGCUGUGGAAGCAGAAGGUAUUAAACUGGCCAUACCAAUGCCAGGGCAUCCUGUACCUGCCCAUGAAUCAGAUGGCGUGCUUGAAGAUUGCAAGCAUCUUCAAUCUUUAAUAGCUUCCCAUGAUGUGAUCUUUCUACUGACAGACACAAGAGAAAGCAGAUGGCUUCCAACACUUUUUUGUGCAAAUUUGAACAAGAUAGCUAUUACUGCAGCUUUGGGAUUUGACAGUUACCUUGUUAUGCGUCAUGGGGCUGCUCCUCUUGUUUCUAUGUCUGAUUCUAGUACUAAAGUUGAAGAUAUGAGCACUGUGGUUGCUCAGGUUGAUACCUCAUUGACAAUAGAUGGGGAUAAAGGGCAGCGGUUAGGGUGUUAUUUCUGCAAUGAUGUCGUUGCUCCUAUAGAUUCAACUUCCAAUCGGACAUUGGACCAGCAAUGUACAGUGACACGACCUGGACUUGCACCGAUUGCUUCUGCACUAGCAGUGGAACUACUGGUGGGGAUUUUACAUCAUCCCAAUGGGAUACAUGCUCCAGGUGAGAUUGCUACCUCAAUUACAAGCAGCAGUGAGCAGCCUUUUGGUAUAUUGCCCCAUCAAAUUCGAGGCUCUAUGCCACAAUUUUCUCAAAUGACGCUCGUAGGCCAUUCAUCAAACAGUUGUACAGCUUGCAGCAGUACUGUGGUGUCAGAAUAUAGAAGACGAGGAAUGGAGUUUAUUUUACAAGCUAUUAACCAUCCCAGCUAUCUGGAAGACCUUACUGGACUGACAGAGCUGAUGAAAUCAGCAAGUUCAUUCAAAUUGGAUUGGGAUAACGAAACAGACGAUGAUGCUGAUGUCUGAGGUACUCAACCAUCUUUUGGUACCGAAGUUUAAGCAUAUCGAUCAUCAUCGAUUAUAGCCAGUCACAUCAAGCACCUUCUCUGGGAGGAGAAAGUCAUCGAAAGCAUGUCUUCGUCUUGUAAUUUAGACAAUAUGUAUUUAUUUACCCAUUUGUUCAGUUUCAUUAAUUACCCAAUGGGAGGCGAAAGAAAAGUCUGUACACGUUAAUGACCAAAUUUGGAUUCCUGGCAUAUUUCUAAUUUAUUAAAAAGGAACGAAUCUGAUUUCCAAGAUCUUA